AUGGAAGCCGCUGAAGUCGAAGAAGAUGAGACAAUGAAAAUGUCUCGAAGUUUAUUCGACUACAUUUUCAAGCUAUUCUACCCUGUAUAUUAUGUAUUAACAAUACCUCUUCGAAUAUUUCACUGGUUUUUCGCCAAUUUCCCAAUCUUCUCAUCGCUCUCCUUAUUCAUGUUCGUCUCAUUUGUCCUAAUCGUUCUGUACAUUUUCCGAAGAUUGUCAUCGACACCAAGAGAGAAUUUCAUAAACUAUUUAUUGUACACAGUUUUGCCAUACGGAACUUCAAUUGUAUAUACAGCGAUAACCCUAGUCUUCCCGCAGGUAUUUCAAAAUUUCUUUUUCAAAUUGUGAUGAAGGAUUUUCCAGGUGAACACCGUGACUCGUAUUCUCGGAGCUCUUCUUCAUCCAAUCAAAUUCAUCCUAGGAUUGGUUGAAAAAGUUGAUCGACGAGCGGAGCCAAUAAGAAGAACAGUUGAAGCAUUACAUGGCUCUAAGAAAAGCACAAAAUCUGAGAGAAAGUGAGUGAAUUUCAAAAAAUAAAGUUCUCAUUGGAAAAUCAAUAUUCUAGGUCCAUCGAAGAAACUUUGAACGACGGAAGACUUCAAUGUUGUGUCUGUCAAUUCGAAGAAAAAUGUGUUCUUCUUCGACCAUGCAAUCAUCUGUGUCUUUGCGAGCGUUGUAACGAGGCAAUAAAUCGACAACCCAACAAAAUCUGCCCAAUCUGUCGAGCUGAAAUUGAAUCAUUCGAAUUGGUUUACAUCUCAUAA